AAUCAAGUAGUCGCCGUUUUAAUUGUAUAUUUUGUUGUAUUCGGAGCAGUUGUGUGGGGCUCACUCGAAACAGUGCUUUCACAAAAACAGAGGCGUGCUCCGAAAUAUCGAAAUUCUUGAAAUAGGAAAUUUUUCUUCACAAAUUUCCGUGUGGCCGCGAAAAAGUGUCUUCAAACCGUGUAAAAAAAAAAUAACAAAAACCACAAAAAAUAUAGGUUUAUAUAUAUAGGUGAAUAUAGCAAUUUUGGAAGAUGAUUUACGAAUUGAUUAUAAUGGUAGUCGGCUGGCUAUAUCCGGCAUUCGCGACAUAUAAUAGUCUAAGCGGUAAUGUUCGAACUCAGGUAUCGUGGAUGAAAUAUUGGAUCGUAUUUGGUGUAUUCAAUGCCUUUCACUUUUUCACUGCCUGUUUGGAGCCGUGGGUACCCUUCCUGACCGGCUUUAAGCUAUUCCUACUCUGUUGGCUGUUGCCCAGCAUCGGCAGCGGUAGUCAAUUGAUACACGACGAAAUCAUUGAUCCACUGCUGAAGAGCAACAAGGAGGCAAUCAAUCAGACUGUGGAUAGCAUUUCCAGUGUUAGCAGUACGAUGAUGCGGGAGCUGGUCAAGAUGAUAUAUCACCUGCUUGUGGAUGUGGUCGAGCAGUGUUGGCUCAUGACACGAAAUGCAAACGACAUACAUGUGACGCCCCGUUUGCAGACGGCUAUCAAUGAGGCUAUACAGGAGGAGUACCGGGAGGAGGAGCAGCAGCACCAACAACAACAACAACAGCAGCAGCAGCAGCAGCAGCAGAAGGUGGAGCACCAGCAGCAGCAGGAGGAGUCUCGGUUAACAGCUGGCAUUCCAGGCGUCUUUCAUGCAGCUGCCUUCGAAACUUUGCCCGGUGAUCAGUCGUCGCUUAGCAUUCUUUUAGCUGAGGCUUGCGUGGCACGGCGCAUGCAGCUGCUGCAGUUGGUCAAUAGCCAAAUGCAUCUGGUGGCCAUUGAGCAGGCAUCCGCAGAUUCACAAGCACUGGCCAAGCCACAGCGUCCGGCCAAGCCAAAGCGUGGUAAGCGCAAGGGUUUGGACGCAGCUGCUCGAAGGGCACAGCAAUUGGAGCUGGAUGUAGAACGAGCUUAUCAUGCAUAUUGUGGAGCAGCCCAGGAGCACGAGUAACACGGACGAG